UGGUAAUGGCGGCCGCCCGGCUGCUGCUGGCGGCGUCUGUGGGCGCUGCGUUGGGUCUCCUCGCGUCGGCGGGCAAGAUGAAGAUCGUGGAGGAACCGAACACGUUCGGGUUGAAUAACCCCUUCUUGCCUCAAACUAAUCGACUGCAGCCAAAGAUGCCCCCUUCAGCAAUAUCAGGCCCUGUGCAUCUCUUUAGGCUUGCUGGCAAGUGUUUCAGUUUUGUGGAAUCCACAUAUAAGUACGAGUUUUGUCCUUUCCAUAAUGUCACUCAGCAUGAGCAGACUUUUCGAUGGAAUGCCUACAGUGGGAUUUUAGGAAUCUGGCACGAAUGGGAAAUUGAUAACAACACGUUUGUUGGAAUGUGGAUGAGGGAAGGAGAUUCAUGUGAAACCAAGAGCAGACAGACAAAGGUCCAUCUUGUUUGUGGAAAGAGCAAUAAAUUGGCUUAUGUGUCUGAGCCAAGUACUUGUGUCUACUCCCUCACAUUCGAGACUCCCCUUGUGUGCCAUCCCCACUCUCUUUUGGUUUAUCCAACUCUGACUGAAGCACUACAAAGGAAAUGGGAUGAAGCAGAGCAGUCUCUGUAUGAUCAACUAAUAACUGAGCAGGGAUACAAAAAAAUACUGAAAGAAAUUUUUGAGGAAGCAGGACUUCUGAAAGCAACAGAAGAAAAGGAAGCUGAGAAACAGAAUACGAAAACAAGUCUGCAGUUUGAAACAGUGGAUGUGUGCAAUAAGGAAUACAAGAAACUUUCUGAGGAAAUAAAAAUCCUUAAAGAUUUAUUAAGUCAGCACAGUAUUGCAUACAAAGGAAGUUCUGCUGAAAACACCAGUGUUGAACAUGUAAAUCACAAAUGGGUGACUGCAGAGACAACUGUGCUUAACGGGUCAACGAAUGCUGAACAUCUGCAUGGUGAUGCGGGGAUUCGGAGUGACGCUGUGUGAAGGAACCUGUGUGGUAAACAGCAAUUUGAUACGGAAUGUCAAGCGAGUUGAAUGUGUACCAUGACACUACGAUGAUUUGACUCUUGUGGAUCUUCUUGACUUCCUCAAUUUCUGCUCUAAAGCAAAGGGAACAGUGGAAUGUCAGUGCCAUCUACUGACACCAGCCGGCGAGUUUCGGAAAACACUGAUAGAGCAAUUUGAGGCUGCUGUGGAGCCAAGCUUACGGAUUGAUCUCCGUUCUCAGCUUUGUUAUUUUCUUUAAUCAAGCGUGCUAGGAGGCAGUGUAAAUACAGAACAGCCCCAGAGCACUGCUCUGAGGUGUUGUGCAAAAGGUAUUGGGCAGUAUUCAGAACGCAUUAUUUCAUCUGUAUGCUAAACCAAGAGGUUUCUUAUCAGACUUUAGCAAAAUGAAUGAAUAAAUAAUGCACAGAGUGCAUCCA